CUAAGUUCAAAUUGUUUCAUCUUUUUAUCUUCGCUGCUGGGUAAAGAGCAUAGUUAAUUCCUUCACUUUUCUGUGUGUGCGGAAUGCGGUGAAAGAAAUUAUUGGUCGGUCAUUUUUGCAUUGUAAAUGUGAUGUUUACUAACAAUGAAAAAGAUAAUUCCACCGCCCACCCUGCCCACCCCCCUUGGAAGAUGAAGAAGAAAAAGGAAAGAAAAUUAUAUGAUGUUUGAGUUACCAGUUCAUCAAUCUGGACUCAUUUAUGAUCCUUUUUUCCAUCUCUGAUACAGCUUGAUUUCUGGGUCCGCUGGGAUAAAAGCAUGCAUGGAAGCUAAGAAACAGGUGGAAGAAGAAACUUACGAAGUUAGCCUGGACAGUCAUGACUGUUGUGAUGGCCCCAAAACUAGAAGACCGAGGGCAUCGGAUAAUGCACCAAAGCUGCUCUUCAACGGGUUGGUUUUUAUUUCUGUGGGGACUUUUGGGCAGCUUACAAGGAAGAACUCCAAGCUCUUGUUAAAACUGCAGGUGGUAGUGGCACGAAGUAAUGCUACCCAUGCAACUUCUUCAACUACCCUAGUCGUUCAUAAUCUUGAUCCGCCACACUGGUGCCAGCCAGGAGAAGGGGGUUCUUUUGCAGCACAAAGGCUAGAGAAAGCUAAUGAAAUAGGGUGUAAAGUCAUUGGGCACACAUGGUGGCUUCUGGAAUCAAUUGCAGCAUGUAAGCUGAGGUGGAAUAUGUAAUGCAGAUGAUUUUUUGUACAAUGGCCCUGGCCCUUCAAGACUUAUCCAAGCUGUCCCAUCACACGAAGAACAUAUAAUACAUUCCAGUAUCCCUUUCAUU